GGGCGCUGCUGUGAUGCUGCUGUUCAGCACCCGGAUGGAGACUGCGCAGCGCUGCUGUCGCUAAGCUAACACUACCGGAGCGUCUCUGCGUUGUUUUAGUGAUAAAUCUGUGUUUUUAUUAUUGUAUAAAGGCUGCAGUCCCGGCGGUGUUUCCUCUAAAUCCCGUGUGCGGGUGUAUAAUCGAGCUAAAGCUCCUGUAAGUUGAUCCUGUAUCGUGUUUCUCUGCGUGUUGGCCUGUUCCCGAGCACCGGCCUAGCUCACCUCCUGUAUUACUGUUCAGAGUUCAGAGCAGAAAUGCUGCUUAUAUUCUGCGUUUUAACUAAAAAUAGAGAUAUAUACCUUAGAUAAUCCUGUGGGACGGUGACUGGAGGCCUUUUCUCUGUGGUUUCUGUGCGGUAGGCUAGCUAGCUGUUGUGUUCUAAAGCUAGGUUACGGGAUUUAAUCUUUUCUAGGUUCUCACAAAGAACACCGGACCGUGCUGCACCAGUUGUGCGUGCUGUUGUGCGUGCAUCAUCAUGGCAGUGGUCAUCCGCUUACAGGGACUCAGAGUCACAGCUGGUUCUGAGGACAUUCGCAGUUUCUUCACUGGCCUUAGAAUACCCGAUGGUGGGGUUCAUAUAAUCGGUGGCGAGCUUGAAGAAGCUUUCAUAAUAUUUGUGUCUGACGAAGACGCACGGCGAGCAAUGAGUCGCUCGGGGGGAUGCAUUAAGGGCUCCCCGGUCAACUUGCUUUUGAGUAGUAAGACGGAGAUGCAGAAGGUCCUAGAGGAAAGCACGAGAAAGGCCGAAGCUAACAACAACAGGCGAAUUUACAAGGAGGGUGUGAAAAGGCCCCCAGCUGCAGAAGGAAGACCGCCACCAAUGAAUGAGGAUGUAAGAGUCGAUAUGCGAAGAGGAGAACCAUUUCAGGACUCUCAAAAUCAGAUGGGGGAAGAUAAUGAUGGCUUCUAUUUGCACUUGUCUGGCAUGCCGUUCGCGGCCUCUCAGGAGGACGUCCGGAUGUUCUUCAAGGGCCUGCAAGUUGAAGACAUGAAUUUUUUGAAUAAUCGUUAUGGAAUGUUUAAUGGAAUCUGUUUGGUUAAGUUUGCCACAACCGCGGAUGCUAGAGAAGGCCUCAAGCUGGACCGGCAGUACAUGGGAUCGCGUUACAUCUGUAUAAAGGUCUGCUCUGAGGAACAGUGGGUGAAUGCUGGAGGUUUUGUGCGACCACCGGUCCGUGCACGAUCACGCUCCCCAGUUCGAUCAAGAUCGAGGUCCCCCACUAAUGAGGAGUACUGUGUGCUGUACGAAAACCUCUCAGCUUUGGUUCAAAAGCGAGAUAUAAAGGCGUUAAUCCAGCCCGUCUUCUUAAAGGAUGACCAGAUUAUCAUUUUCGCUGAGCAGAAUCGGGAGAACACUCAUUCAGCUGUUGUGGUGUUCCGAAACUUGAAGGACUAUUGCUCUGGCCUGGCUCACCACAAAGAAAUGUUUCUCAACAGGGUUGUCUUCGUGUCUCCCAUUUCCAAAGAGAAGAUGAUGGCCCUUUUAGAAACUUCCACACAAUCAAGAGAUGGCAGACGGUCCAGCAGGUCAUCUGAACGUUCACAGAAGAGCUCCCACGACUCAGAGAAGAGGUGUCUCUAUGUCCGCAAUCUGCCAUUUGACGUCCGCAAGGUGGAGAUCAUGGACUUUUUUCAUGGGUUCCAGCUGUCUGAGGACACGAUUAUCCUGCUUCAUGACGAGAGAGGAGCUGGGCUUGGUGAGGUGCUCAUAGUCUUCCAGACGGAAGAGGAGGCUAUGAUGGCACAGUCUCUGAACGGGCAAAGGUUUCUUGGAUCGCAGGUUAUUCUGAAAUGCAUCACUUUGGCUCAAAUGCAAGCGUUUGGCGUCAGCAACGAGAUUGUGGAGAGGAGCGUUCAGAGGAACCCAGGAAGAAGAAGUGACCCGCCUCCUCAUUCCCCCGAGCAAAUGAAUCGAGGUGAUCGGGACAUGAUGCCAGACAGGCCUUACUUUGGGCAGGGAAACAGUUCUCAGUUUGAUAGUUUUGAGAACAAUGACUUUCAUGGACCGGGUACACAAUGGUCUGGCCCUCAACAGUACGGACCACCUGACCAACAGUUUGAUGGCCCGACGUGUCUGAAAUUGCUCAAUCUGCCCUCCCAGAUAGGGAUUGACGAAAUCUAUGACUUCUGCUAUGGAUUCAGAGUAAUUCCAGGUUCUGUCUCGUUGCAGUACGAUAGGAACGGUGUGUCUAUCAGUUCCGCCACUGUCGUGUUUGAGACUCACGGUGAGGCGGUCACUGCUAUUGAAGAGUUGAAUGGAAGACCCAUUGGUACGAGGAAAAUCAAGAUCGUGUUUGUUUAAAAUUGGGCUUUAUUGAUGAAAUGCUGCAUUUGUAAGGACUUUAAAGCUUGUUUGCCAGUAGUUUUCCUUUUCGGUUCUGUGGAUUCAUCACGUGAUAAAUUAGAUAAUCUUUAUGUUGCCUUUUAAAUGAGAAAGUUUUCUUCACUCUCUUUGUGUUGUUUUUAAAACUACAAAAAUCUGUUAUGUAUCAUCUUUAAAUUGGCAAUAGAAAAGUAAUGAUGUGGUGUUAUUAUACUGGUAUUUUUUUUUUUGCACUGUGUAUAUACAUUAUGCAUAUGAUGCCAAUUGACAGUUUUUAUUUAAGAAUUACUGUUAAAAAAAAAGAUUGAUUUUCAGAUUAAAAUCUAAUUUGUGUUUGA